AUGUCUUCCAUUACUCCGUGUUUUAUUCGUCAGUUUUCCUGUACCGAAGAAUUAAAUAGUAAAAUGACUUUCUCUAAACUAGUUACUAAAGAAUGUGGUGAAACGGAAGCCAAGUUGCUCGAUUUUGUUAAAAUUAAAAAUUUACAAUUGUUAGAACUGACGUGGAAAAAGAAAAACAAUGAUGAACAAGAAUUGAAAUCAAUGAUAUUAGAAGCGUAUGAUUUUAUGGAAGAUGAUGAUCUAAAGCAUUAUGUAUUUUAUCAUUGUGGAACAAGCUCAGAAACGACUGAAUCAUCAUUAGGUAGUGGCAAAGAACGAUUGAGAAAACGAUCAGCCCAGUCCUCGAUGACAACAACAACUUUUUUAAAAGUUAAAAAACAAAAGUUUUUCAUUGCAGAUAGCAACUUAAGUAGGAGUCAACUAUCGUUUUCUGAUGAUGACAAUGAUUUAAGUUACGAUGAUGAGCUAGAUGAAGCUACAAUGAUGCAUGAAAUUGUUAUGCGAAAACGAAUGGAGUAUUUUCUAACAAAACAUUUAAAAAUUCAAGAUGCAUUUAUAUCAAAAUUAGAAACGGAAAUGUUAUACAGAUUUUGUCUACAUAUGGAACAAUUGUAUGCGUUUUUUAAGUUCGUUCGACAUAACGAAAAACAUUUUGAAAAUUUGAAAGCUGUUCAUUAG